AUGUAUAUCAUAACGCUCCUCCUUUCCUACCUGGCGUUAGUAGCGUCGGCACCCUCGAAGGGCGGCUCAAAAAAUGCUCGGUUCUACAAGGGCCACGAUCUGAGCUCUCUGAAGUUGCUCGAAGACAGUGGCACCAACUUCUACGUCGACACGGCUCGCAACAAUGAGACCCGCCCGGCAGACGACAUCCUCGGGGACGGCGGCAUGAAUGCGGUGCGGCUCCGGAUCUGGGUCAACCCUCCGGACGGGGUCUACGGACUAGACUACACGCUCGACCUCGCGAAGCGCUUCCAAAGCAAGGGCCACCGCCUCUACCUCGACUUCCACUUCGCCGACAGCUGGGCCGACCCGCAGAAGCAGCCCAUCCCGGCCGCCUGGCCGACCGAGGUGAAGGCGCUCUCAAAGACGCUGCGCAAGUACGUCACGGAGACGCUGCUCGCCUUCCAGCGCGCCGGCGUCGAGCUCGACAUCGUGUCGCUGGGCAACGAGAUCCGCCACGGCUUCCUGUGGCCCACGGGCUACGUCGACGUCGACAUCCAGCCGCACGGCGCCCUGACCAGGAACUUCACCAACGUCGCGGCGCUGUACCGGGCGGCGCGGGCGGGCGUCGACGACGCCAUCGCCCGCGGCGUGCACCGGCCCCAGGUCAUGCUGCACCUGGACAACGGCUGGAACGCGACGUUCCAGACGCGCUGGUACUCGGCCCUGUUCGACAACGGCGUGCCCACGUCGGCCGUCGACGUCUUCGGCGUCAGCUUCUACCCCUUCUACGGCACGGCCGCGACCUUUGCCAACCUGCGCGAGAGCCUGGGCGCCCUGGUGCGCCGCUACGGCAAGCCGGUGCAGGUGGUCGAGACCGACUACCCGGCCGUGUGCGACGGCAAGUGGAACCCGAUCCCGGAGUCGUCCGAGCCCGCCAUCCCGUACGACGUCGACGGCCAGGUCGAGUGGAUGGGCAAGGUCAUCGACCUCGUCAAGGAGGUGCCCCGCGGCCUCGGCCAGGGCGUCUGGUACUGGGAGCCCGCGUGGCUGAACAACACAUCGCUGGGCAGCAACUGCACGGACGCGCUGCUGUUCGAGCCCGACUUCAGUGCCUGGCCCAUCACGACGGGCUACUCCCGGAAGUCGGUGAACGUCUUUAGGUAG